AUGGCUGCUGUUACUCUCGAGCCUCAAGACCUCAAGCAGGAUGCAGAGUUCAAACAGGCGCUGCAUGGCAAGACUGGCCAGGACAGCAAAUCGUUCUUGAACAUCAUACGCAAGAACAAGGAUGCUCAGAAAAUUGCCGUCGACGAAUACUUCAAGCACUGGGACAACAAAGCUGCCGAUGACGAGACUGCCGAAACACGCGAGACCAGACGCAAGGAAUAUUCGACCCUCACCAAACACUACUACAACCUCGCGACCGAUCUCUACGAGUAUGGCUGGGCACAGAGUUUCCACUUUUGUCGAUUCAGCAAGGGCGAGGCAUUCAAGCAGGCGUUAGCAAGACAUGAGCAUUACCUUGCGUUGAAGAUGGGCCUUUCUAAGGGCCAGCGGGUGCUCGAUGUUGGCUGCGGUGUCGGUGGUCCCGCAAGAGAAAUCGCGAAGCUCACGGGGUGCAAGGUCCUCGGCCUCAACAACAACGACUACCAGGUCGAGCGUGGUACUCAUUACGCACAGAAGGAAGGUCUUAGUGACCAGGUUGGCUUCACCAAGGGCGACUUUAUGCAAAUGACCUUCCCCGAUACCAGUUUUGACGCUGUCUACGCAAUCGAAGCUACUGUGCAUGCUCCGAGCUUGGAAGGCAUCUACAGCGAGAUUUUCCGGGUACUUAAGCCUGGCGGUGUCUUUGGUGUCUAUGAGUGGCUCAUGACCGAGGACUACAACAACGAUGACCUCCGCCACCGUACGAUUCGUCUUGGUAUCGAGCAAGGUAACGGGAUUAGCAACAUGGAGAAGAUCUCUGUCGCCCUAGAGGCGAUGAAGAAGGCUGGGUUCGAGCUCGAGGUCAAUGAGGAUCUUGCCGAUCGCAACGAUGAGCUUCCAUGGUACUGGCCCCUCAGCGGUGAUUUGAGAUACACGCAGAGCCUUUGGGACUUGCCGACGCUGAUCCGCAUGACCCAUGUUGGCCGUGGACUGGCGCAUGGUAUUAUUGGUGCACUCGAGAUGAUUGGUGUUGCACCAAAGGGCUCACGGAAGACUGCCGAUUCCCUUGGCAAGGGGGCAGACUCUCUUGUUGCUGGUGGGAAGGAGAAGCUAUUCACGCCCAUGUAUCUGAUGGUUGGCCGUAAGCCGAAGGUUUGA